AUGGUCGAAAAUGAGGAACAAAAAGGAUGGCGAGAACCCUUUGAGGGGGAGCUUCCUAGAGACCUAAGUCGAACUCUUCAGGUAAUUGGGGCCGGCCUUCCUCGCACAGGGACCAUAUCCCUCACUUUAGCCCUCACAUGGGCUCUGCACGGUGAUGUCUGUCAUGGAGGAUCAGCUUGUCUCCGGGGUCCUGAACAUGUCAUCAAAGGGUGGACCAAGGUCUUAGACCCCGGCAAGGAUGUAUCACAGCAGCAAAUUGAUGAUACAUUGAAAGAACUCUUGACAGGCUACGUUGCCACGACCGAUGCGCCGGCCAUUUUCUUCGUCGAGGAGCUGGUCCGUCUCUAUCCGGAGGUAAAAGUGGUAUGCACUGUGCGCGAGCCAUCCAGAUGGUGGGAGAGCUAUCAAGAGUUAAUCAACACACUGGACAACCCACUAUUUGUCCUCUUGCAGCUCGUACAGCCAACACUGCGAUAUUCGCUAGCUUGGAAACUGGCGAUUGUCAAACGGCGAAAACAGAUAUAUCCACCUGAAUUUGAGCCAUUGGGACCUCACUUUCUGGAAAUACACAGCGACUACUUGAGGCGCGUCGUACCCGAAGAUCGACUGCUUUUCUUCAACAUGAAAGAUGGUUGGGAGCCACUGUGUCGGUUCUUGGACGUUCCUGUCCCGGAUAAACCAUUCCCGCAGGUACACGAUCGAGCGUCCAUGAAAUCGAGCUGGGCACCAUACUGGUGGAAAGGUGCGGUGAUCUGGUCGGCAAUUUUGGUGUCGGGCUAUGGAUUGAGCAAGGCCUGGUCGUACUGGAGAGAUUGA